GGAGGUCACAUGAUGUGUAGACGCGUCGCGCCGGUGACGUACGUGGUGUGGGAUAUUCCGUAUGACCUCAUAGAGAGCGGCCGUGACGCGGGGCUGAACCAGGGGCGACUUAUAUGUUGGCGAGCAGACACAGUAGGAGCUUCGUGGAAGUAACGCAGCCCUCCACCUAUGAAACAUUUCGGCGGCCACGUGUAGCAUUUUGAUGCCUGCCUCUGAGCCCCUCCCCCACAGCCACUAUGCCUGCAGCAACAGUGGACCACAGCCAGCGCAUCUGCGAGGUCUGGGCCUGCAACCUGGAUGAACAGAUGAAGCGAAUCCGUCAAGUUAUACGCAAGUAUAAUUAUGUUGCAAUGGACACAGAAUUUCCAGGGGUAGUUGCGAGACCGAUAGGAGAGUUCAGGAGCAACGCUGACUAUCAGUACCAACUAUUACGCUGUAACGUGGACUUACUGAAGAUCAUUCAGCUCGGCCUCACAUUCAUGAAUGAACAGGGAGAAUACCCGCCCGGGACCUCCACGUGGCAGUUCAACUUUAAGUUUAACCUAACGGAAGACAUGUAUGCACAGGACUCCAUCGAGCUGCUCACUUCAUCUGGGAUCCAGUUUAAGAAACAUGAAGAUGAAGGCAUUGAAACUCACUAUUUUGCAGAGUUGUUCAUGACCUCCGGCGUAGUGCUGUGUGAAGGGGUGAAGUGGCUCUCUUUCCACAGUGGAUAUGAUUUUGGCUAUCUAAUAAAGAUACUGACUAAUUCCAACCUGCCUGAGGUUGAGCUAGACUUCUUUGAAAUUCUUCGAUUAUUUUUUCCUGUGAUCUAUGAUGUCAAAUAUCUCAUGAAAAGCUGCAAAAAUUUAAAGGGUGGAUUACAAGAAGUGGCUGAACAGCUGGAGCUGGAACGGAUAGGACCUCAGCAUCAGGCUGGUUCUGAUUCGUUACUGACCGGAAUGGCAUUCUUCAAGAUGAGAGAGAUGUUCUUUGAAGAUCACAUAGACGACGCCAAGUACUGUGGUCAUUUAUACGGCCUGGGGUCUGGAUCUACCUACGUUCAGAACGGCACUGGGAAUGCAUAUGAAGAAGAGGCCAAUAAGCAGUCAUGACCUGUAGAGGAAAACUAACAUUUUUUUUUAUUGCCAGGCUCAGUCACUUUCUACAUGUCUUAACUCUAAACAUAUUUUUGGCUAUCAACUCGACCAUCUCUCAUAUCCAUUCACUUUCUGUUUUACCACUUGGCCUUUAAACAGAUUGGUUUCUCACUUUUAUGUUUGCCUUAUCUACGCUAGAUCUCUGUGCACUAGCCCAACCUUUUGCCAUGUAAGCCAAUACAACUGGGUAAUCCCAAUUGCUUGAUCCAAGAUUUUUUGAAUAGUUUAACAACCUAUUGACUAAGAACAUAGCACUUCUGUGUAUGACACCGAGUUCAGAUGACUUAUUUCUUGUGCACCCCACCACCACCACCUUUAUAAGCCUUAAAUAGCAAAUCCAUACACUCUUAAUCUUAAGGUCUACACAGUGAUGGGGCUCUACACCCUAAAAGAUGAACAUUUCCUUUGAGGAAGACUGCUAGAUCUCAAGGUGCUGGCAGCGUCUGGUGCUAGGAAUCAUUGAUGCUUGUCCAGCUCUUUGCACUCGUAGGAAACCCUCGACUUUUUAUCCCUAAAUCCAUGUUUACUUGCUACAGUCACCAUUUUUAUUUUUACAAAACAUUAUUUAUUAGGUGCUUGAAGUUUGGAUAUUGAUGAAUUGUUGGGGAGAAAAGCUUCAUGCAUAAAGGAAAGAAAACAAAGU